AUGAUGAAUCAUUUCAUCUUUCUGGCAGUACUGUUCUCCUUGAGGACUGCACACUCCCAUCAAGAAUCCCUCGUGUUUCCAGUAACAUACCUUCGUGUUUCCAAAGAUUUGCCUCUUCAGUGUCUGCAGGUGGAAUGGGAUGUUGGCAAGUCAGCACAUGAUGCUGAGCUGUCAAUGUCUUUUGAAAUACAAGUGAAUCGAACAGGAGAAAAUACUACUGUGUGGACAGAGUUUUAUAAUGUCACACUUGACAAAUCAGGGAAGCCUCUUCAUUGGAACUGGGAUUCAGACUUACCUCUGGAGUGUAUGGCACACUCUGUGAGAAUCAGGAGUAAAGCAGAAGCAUCAAAAAUCUGGAGUCAGUGGAGUCUGUGGGAGACCAUCCUGGGCCUGGGCACUUCAAAUUACAGUCAACCACAAAUCUUUCCAGAUGAAAAAGUUAUAGAGGAAGGCUCUGACAUUACUCUUUGCUGCAUUGUGAGGAAAGGUCAAAUCAUUAUGGAAUUCUUUUCAUUGCCAGCUGUUCAUAAUUUCAGUCGCACAAACUCUCAAAUUGGACUGCUCACUGCAAAAACAGUGGCACAUCAAAAACCAUCUCACGUCACAGUGUUCUGUCAAGAGUCUGGCGGAAAAGGGGACCACUACCAUUAUGUAGUCUUCUUCGUGGGCAAACCACCUGAUCUACCUCAUGAUUUUUCCUGCCACACUCGAGACAUGAAAAAGAUAAUAUGUACUUGGAGCCAAGGAGGAGAUACCCAUCUCUACGGACCGCAUUCGACAAAAUACACUUUUUUUGAAGAAUUUGCCCAAAAAUUGAUUCCAUGCACAGUAAAUUGUUCUAAGCGGUGCUCAUGUUCUUGGGAUAUAAACCAGCAGAGGGUCUAUAAUAUCAUGCUGACUGUUGAAAACCCACUGGGAAAGAAAACUGCCACGGAUGCUUUUGAUGUAACUCACAGAAUUCAUCCCUCUGCACCCUCCGAGCUGUUUGGACAUUGUUCGGAUACAAAAAUCAUGUUGUACUGGAAACAUCGAAACAAAGGAAUUGAGCUCUUUUGUCAGACGGAAGUGCUCCACCCUGAUGGGAAAACAGAACUGCACAACAGCUCCAGCACGCACCUCCAAUACGGCAGCAUCACCGUGGGGGGGCAGCAGCCAUACACCCAGUACACACUUCGAGUGCGCUGCGGGGCAGCCCAGCACUUCUGGAGGUGGAGUGAAUGGAGCAAGGCCCAAACCUUCAGGACGGAGGAAGCAAGUCCGUCAGGGAAACUGGACAUCUGGAGAGAAAUUAUACCAGCAUUGGGUGGGCGGAAUGUGACCUUAUUCUGGAAGCUAACACCAAGUUUUCAAGCAAAUGGAAGAAGUAUUUCAUAUGAAAUAACCUGGGAAAAAGUUGAAGAGGACUCUAAGCCUGAGCAUAUCUCCAUUUCAUCAGUCUAUAAUACCACAAGGAUUUUCAUUGAUAGUGAUCCUUAUAAAAUCAGUGUUGUGGCAAAGAACAAUGUUAAUUAUUCACUUCCUUCAGUAAUGAUCAUCCCUGGAGCUACAGGCACUGAAAACGAGCUCAGCAUUUCAAAUCUUAAAGAAGACCAGGUUAUUGGUGCUGAUGAUGGCAUUUUUCUUUCCUGGGAACCUAGAAAUACAUAUGAUGGUUACAUCGUUGACUGGUGUAACUUCCCAGCAUUGCAGCCCUGUGAUCUUCAGUGGAAGAGAUUUGGGCCCAGCAGUUCCAGUGCUUUGAUCAGCUCAGCUUCGUUUGUGCCGGGGGUGAGAUACAACUUCCGUAUCUAUGGAUCUGUUGCUAACACAGCCUCCUUGUUGGAGAAGAAGACUGGUUAUCUCAAGGAGCUCGCCCCCACACUUGACCCUCCUGUGAAAAAAAUUCAUCUGACUUUCCAUGCAGUAACACUGUCUUGGGAGUCUUAUCCCACAACUGCGUCACAGCCUGGCUUUAUAAGAGGCUAUCAUGUUUAUGUGUCUCCUGUGCAAGAGGACUGCAGUCUGAAAGAAUCCAAAAAACACGUUCUUCCAGACGGUUCGGUGCUAUGUAAAUACACAAUUGAAAACCCAGAAGAAAAGAGAUACACUGUGAGACACCUCAUGCCUAAUACCAAAUACAAACUAGCGGUUAAAGCAUAUACAGGUGGAGGAGAGACUCCCAUUGCCAACUUUAUCUACAUUGAAACACCAUUUGAUACAAACACACUGUACCUCCUAGGCCUGCUGGUGAUAGUUCCUUCAGUUGCAGCAGCUCUAUGCCACUGGAAGAUGAAGUGGGUGAAGGCAUGCUGCUGUCCUGUAGUACCUAGUCCUAACAAGAGCAAAGUACUUUCAUUUAAAGACCUUGUGAUUGGUUCUGAGAAAGUACUGAAAAUACACGACUGCAAGCCUGAUGCAGUAGCAGUGGAUAAUAACUCUGAAGCCCAGACAUUACAUCCGGGUAGCCAGACAUCUUCUACACCAACAGAAGAUAAGAUGGAUGUUCAAAGUUCUUCCUGGCUUUGCCCUACUCAAAAUGAAGAGAGAGCCUUUACAUCCACACCAAAACCUAUGACUUACACUUUGUUUGAAAACUUGGCAUAUUCGUCUCACAUCACAGCUGAACCUAACUCCUACCAAAACACAGGGAUGCUGGAGCCAUGCAAGCCCCAGCUGUUGGCAGGCUUGUACCAGCCCCAGUAUUACUUUGAUACCGUCAGUGAAGGAGCAGCCUCCUCUCCCAGCUGGGCGGCUGGCAGAAAGACCAGUUUGCAAUAUGUUUCACAAAUGGGCGUGCACUGUCUGGGGAGCAGGCUUUGA